AGCUAGAAGAACUGAUGUUUGAAGUUUCUAGAUUUGCGUCAUCGAUAAUUGACAAUGUUGGUUGUCAAGUGAGACCCGAGGAUCUGUCUGUCAGCUUGCGUUUCAACUGACCUUAAAUUUUGUGUUGCUUAUGGGAUAGACUCAGAUAAAACAUAAUCCAUGGAGAAUUUUCUUUCCUUUAGUUCAUAUUUCAGCCCAAAGCAGGGACUCCGUCACAAUUUUCAAAGUGAGUGGCCAGAUUACAGAUUGUGUCCCGAAGUUAUUUUCGUUUGCGAAAAAAGGAGAGCAUGUCUUUUUCUUAUCUUGCCUCUUGUUUGCAGUUAUUGCUAUCUUUUGUGUAAAUAGUAAAAAAGUAAAUAACAAAACAGCAAUUAGUACAUUAACGACAGGCCUCACUUCCCACGUGUAUUUCCCUUUUGCUUUCAAAGAUGUUUAUGAAAUACAAAUAUAUACUCAAGUAGAAUAGUAUCUUAGGAUAAACAGUUGAUCAUGAUAAGAAGGCUGUCUGAUAAAUAAUUCCCCAAGUCAAAAAUCUCAGCAUAUGAUCAACACCUCUUUUUAUUAAAUGCCACCCUCUCAAUAGACGCCGCAUCAAAUUCUUUAAAGUAACUGCCGUAUUUAACUGUCCAAAAAAUAUGCAAAGAAACAACACUUUCUAACUCCAUAUCUCUGGCAAUAUAGAUGUUGGUUAUAUUUAGAAUUGCAACAUUGAGAUCGACAAUUUUGGUGAUCAUGUGCAGUGUGUGAAUCGAGAGACUGUCUGACAGCUCGAUUUCUAGUUGUCCUAAAAUAUUGAGUUGCUCGUUGCAUCCAUUUAUACGCAGUGAAUUAUAAAAGCGGAUAUAGAGUGUAGUGGAUCCAAAAAGGCAUUUAGCAGAUUGAAACUCAUGUCCCUGCAGAAACGCAUAUGACACGGUAUGUGUGAAAGGUAUAGAAUAUAAGGCACGAUAAAUCCCUGGGCCCAACAUUAAAUGGUAGUUUAUUAGAAGACAAAUUGCUAGAAGUGUAUAUAUUUUUGAUUGCAUUCAUGAUCGUCCUACGCGUAAAAAAAUUUGAGGCAAAUUGUUCCUGAAGAUGACGUGUAAUGCCGUCUUCAGUCGCGAAACACCUAAAUCUUUGUGCAGCAUACACACUAAAUUCCACAUUUUUUCGCGAUAUCCGUGCUAUGCUUGCCGUCCGUAAAGUAUUGCUUUCCUUACCCAGUCCGCACGCAAAACCGCGCGACCUCUCAAGAGACCAGAGCGCACGCUAUAAGUUCGCCAUUUUCCCCCAAGUUGCUUUGUUAUUCCCUAAGCAUUCCUUCUUCUAUCAAAAUAUGAAGUUAAUACUUCAACAUUUUGCUUUUGAACUCCUUGAAACAAUAACUUUUGAUAAGUUGUCUACAGAGCUUUUGGCAAGAUAAGAGACAGUAGAGUGGCUUGGUCUUUCCAAGCAACGAGUUGCAAAGCGAAGACCCUGGGCGUCAGGUAUGAGAUCUCAGGUAUGAAGUUGUCAAAUUCAGCUUGUAAUGUGUUUGCUUCGGCAAAAUGAUAAGAGUACUGUACUUUGACGAAGUCAGUGAUGUAAGUUCACAUUUUUCCGCAAAUCUCAUUGCGAAAGGUUUGUAAAUAUUGUAUAGGUUACUUGCUCUUUUGGUAUCGGAUGGGAUAGAAAAUUUUCUAGAUAAAGACCCGCUACACCGCGGGACGAGUGCAGUAUCCAAUACAAAGCACGUGUUUUAAUUAAUAGGAGACAAACUGUUCUUGAGUUGCAAGGCUCUUCUGACUUUUUUCGACAGCAAAAGUCAUGCAAGCUACAAAUGCCCCUAAGUGGUACUCAUUUCGUACCGACAGACACCCUUCCAUUGCUACCCCAAGCCCCAUUUACCACUUUUGUCUACUUCCUUUUGUCUGUAGGCGUUCGUCUUAGGCCAGCUUUUGUAUGUUUCUUGCUGUGUUUGAAGCAAAUCCAAAUCAAGUAGGCUUUAGGUCACUGAAGAUGUCUGUCCUGAACAUUGCUGCAGGUAAAACAUUGUUCAAAAUCAUCCGACAAAGACAAGAUUGACUUUGUUUAGAUGCAAACAAGAAUCUGAAUGCUCCUUUAAUCUUUAUAUCAACCAGUUCUUUCUCAAAAAUAUCAUCUCUCAAAAUGAUUUGUAAUUUGCCACUGAAAAUUUUUAAAAGCAUUUUAUCUGUAUUUCAUUGGACGCUGAUAUGUAUAGUUUGUUUUGGUGCUUUUAAAGGAAUCAAAGGUUUUGAGAAUCGCAAAAGAAUGUUUCCGAUGGAGCCUUCCCACUUUCAGAAUGCGGCUGUAGCAACAGAUGAUAAGAGAUGUUCAGAGAUGGGGAAGUCUAUUCUCCUUAAAGGAGGAAGUGCUGUUGAUAGUGCAAUUACAGUUCAGCUGUGCAUUGAAGCAGUCAAUAGCCAUUCUACUGGCAUAACUGGAGGAGGAUUCAUGAUCAUAUAUGACAAAAAAUCAGGAAAAUCAAGCGUCAUUGAUUUUCGGGAAAUAUUGCCUUUGAAAUUCAAGAAUAAUAAGGAGAAAAGAAAAGGAGAAAUAACGUUAGUUCCUGGCGUUCUCCGCGGACUUGAGAAAGCGCAUAAGAUGUAUGGCAAACUGAAAUGGGAGGAACUCUUUAAUCCUGUAAUAAGUCUUUGCGAGAAAGGCUUCGAAGUUUCUAUCGCUCUUGCACGAGCAAUACAGAGCACAAAGUAUUACAUACUGAGAGAUGAAGCUUUAAAAGAACUUUUGGCUCCAAAUGGUAGUUUACUUAAUCAAGGCAAUAUUCUCAAACGCCCUAAAUUGGCGCAAACGUUCAGAAAAAUAGCUAAAGAUGGAGCAGAUGUGUUUUACAAGAAAGAAAUUGCACAUCAAAUAGUUGAAGAUCUCAAAACUGCUGGUGGAUUCAUUUCUUUGAAAGACUUGCAGAGGUACAAGGCAAUAGUAAGGCGUCCGCUGAAAACGUUCGUAAAAGGACAAGCUAUGCUGUCUAUACCUCCGCCUGGCAGCGGAGCACUUGUUUCAUUGGCUGUUAAAAUCAUGGCUGGUUUUAAUUGGACGCGAGACGACAUCACUAAUUAUGAUAGACGACCACUAACUUACCAUCGAAUAAUCGAAGCAUUCAAAUUUGCUUUUGCCCCUAGCACCUUCCUGGGAGACCCAAAGUUUACAAACUUCACUAAAGAGGUAGUCCGGUACAUGCUUGAUGAUAACGUAGCAGAAAGCCUGCGAUUGCGAAUCGAUAACACGUCACAUCCUGUCAAUUACUAUGGACCUCACAGCACAGCUACUCCAGUGGACAAGAAAGGUACCACACACAUUUCUAUACUAGGGCCUGAUGGAGAUGCUGUUGCCUUGACAUCAACUAUUAAUGGAUACUUUGGUUCCAAACUGAGAUCGAAGAAACUUGGCUUCUUCUACAACAACGAACUUUCGGACUUUGGUGUCUUUUGGCCAAAAGUUUACAAUUUGAAGCAAGACGAAAAAAUCCCAGGAAAAAGGCCAGCUUCUAAUGCAUCACCAACAAUAUUUGUUGACAAAUUUGGAAAUGUUUCGGCUGUUUUGGGAGCAGCUGGAGGUCAUUUCAUACCAACCUCACUGGCUAUGACUAUAGCCAAUUUGCUCUUCUUUGGAGAUAACGUAAAGGAGGCUGUUUCCAGACCAAGGCUACAUUGUCAACUUUUUCCUCCCACCGUCGUCCAUGAGUCAAAGUUUCCGGCAGAGUUGAUCAAACCUCUGAGGAUGUACGGCCAUAUGCACGUGACAAAUAGCACUUACGAUGUAUCAGGGCAAUAUAAUGCUGCUAUGGGAAUCAUACAGGCCAUUGUCCGGGAGCAAGAUGGCAGGUUGUCGGCUGAAGCUGAUUAUCGAAAAGGAGGCUUGCCAGCUGGGUAUUAGCAUUGGGUCACAGAAUAGGAAUUAGGCAGAAGGGGAACUCCUGCCUAUCAGGUGAAGCCUGAAAAACUAGCGCAUGCGUUAAUUUAUACGAGGCUUAGCAUGUAUUUAAGACAAAAUGCCCUAUGAUAGUGAAAAAAUUCAAUUAUGUAUCAUAAUUCGUUUAUAUCUGAUUAAUGAAAGAUAAUUUGUCAUGACUAAGUUCGUCUAAUGACAUCGAGGUUAAAAGGGAAUUAAGGAAUUCUAUUGUUGACUCAGGCUUCAAAAACAACAAAGGAACCGACGAGAGUUACCCUUCUGCCUAUUUCCUAUUCUGUGAUUGGGUGUUAGAGGUAAUUUUGAAAAUGAGGCAGGUAAUUGUUUAAAAAAUAACAAUUUGAAGCCACCAACUGGCGUUUUAUUGUAAAAUACUAUGCAUAUAAAUUAAUUCAUAAACAAGUACCAAAAAAUGAUGUUAAAGCAUCAAACGAUCUAAUAGUAUAAUAGUUUACAUAAAUACCAAGUUAUUUCUUAAUGAUAGAUUGAAAUUAUUGAUCUCACUCUAAUUAUAAUAACAUACUCCGUUUAAAAUUGUUUUUUGUAUAUAGAAUAUCAAUACUACCUUUUAAACAUUCCAUUUGAUUUAGAAAUAAGUGAAACUCCAUUUUUCAACUAACAAAUCACAUCCUUUAAAAAGACUUUCUUCCGGUGCUCAUUAAUGAUAAUUCAUCGCAAUAAGUUAUUGUUUCAAUGGUAAGAUCUUAAAAGAUCAAAACUAUAAUAUUGUUGAUUUUUCUGUGUUAAUCUAAAAAUAAUCUUGUAUCAACUCUUUCAUGAUGGUAAUCAGUUGAUAAAAAUAAAAUAAACCGUUAUUAAAGGCACUGAUAUUCAAUUUACUUUGAAUACACUUUUUUACUUCAGUAAUUCUUUUAUCUUUACAAAGAAUAAUUAGAUAUUAAUCCAUCUACAACGGAAGCCAUAGCAAUGCUGUCUUACAUGACUGGUUCUUGUUGCACUGCAUUUUACCUGUUUACCUGACGUGUCGUUGGGCAAUAAUGCAUUGUGCAAAGUUACAUGUGUGCAUGGUCGCAUUCAAGUUCAUAUUGUUGUCAAACACGCUUCUUGGAGGCACCAGAAAUGAGUGGCUAUUAUUAUUAUUAUGUUUGAUUAAGAUAUCACAUAGUACUAUCCACAUAGGCCUUUAUCUCAGCUAACGGCUUGAUAAUUAUUUGACAUAUUCGCGUGAGUUAUUUUCUACUUCUCCUUUCGUGCAACUAACUACGUCCAUAUGUAUGUUUCCGCUAAUACCCUUGACCUAUGAUCUACCACGUGUAUGGAUUGUUGUUUAUACGAGGCUAACCUCUGACCUUGCACAUAUCACGUGCUACUAUUCUUUCCUAAUCAUUCGUGAUUUCCAGACCUACAAUGCCUAAACUUAAAUUUCACAGCAAUUGUGUUUGAUUAAGAGAUCACAUGACAUUUUUGGCUGGACGAUUAAUGAAAUCUCGUUAGAAAUGUCUUAUUACGUUGCGUGUAUUCGAGUCCUGUUAGAGCGUUAUUUUGUACUUAUAUUUGUCUUUUUGUAAGCAAAUAAAAGAGGUUUAGCUAUGAUUAAUGGUUCUACAUCAAUCUUAUGUCCCUGUCUACCUUGGGUGUCCAUAAAAUGAUGUGUACGUAUCUCAUGACAUGGCACCAAAACUAGCUAUAUAACAGACAAGAAAAAGACACGAUCUAUCGAAGACCAUAAUGUCAUUUGGCAACAAUUCUUUCAUUAUUGUAGUUUCUUUGAACGCGCUUUUGCUUGCUUGCAAGAUUCUCAUUUCACACAAGGAGAUUUUUUCCACUGUAUGGCCUUCUCCUUCAAAUGGUUAAAUUUGCCCAAGUAAUCGCAUCAGCAUUAGCACCCGAAUAGACCAAUGCCUCAGCACUCUCGAGUGCUUUCAAGUUAUUGAUCUGGCACACAGGCUAUGAAAUAGUACUGCCGCAGAACUGAAAGCAGGGAAGGGGUUGUCCUCUCACAAAUCCAUCAAACAUGGGGUAAACUGAUUUUAAAAAAAGGUUUCUGAAAUUGCGUGAUGUAAACGCUAAUUUGUAAACAAAGAUUGAUCGGCAUGAGCAGGACUCCUGGCUUCACGCGUGACCGCUAUAUACUUGCAAUAGGAGCGAAAUUCCUCUUAAUAAGGUCAGGGGCGGCUGACCCGUUCAAGCUCUAAAAGGACUUGAAUCAAAUUUUUGCCAAUUUUGAAAAUAAAAUACUUAACUUUAUUCGUUAGAUAUCAUCUUGUUUUUUGUCAUCAUGAAUUUUAAAAACAAUCGUACAAUUCUUUACAUUUCCAUUAUAACUUUGUUUUUUGCGAUAUUUUUUUACGGUGUUACGUCGAAGCCUAAAAGAAGGCACGUGGCAAAAUCAGAGGAAAACUCUA